UUUGAUGUUCUGACAUCAUUAGUCCAGCCCCCUGAAAGAUCUCCUUGCUUUCCUCAGAGCCUUUCACUUCUACUCUGGAAUGUUUACAGGAUCUUCAUGAGCAGCAUCAGGACCAAGUGUUUGUCAGAGGAAAAAAAGGAAAAGACAUGAAGCUCUGAAGAAACUUUUGGUUCAGUGAUCACAGCGGAUGCCACAGGUGUAGCUGCUGGGCUCAACAGAGUUAUGGCUGUUCAGACUGCAAUCAUGAACCCUCAGUUCAUGAAUUUCUGCUUCCCCGGCUCUGUGAUGGAGUACGACGUGGAGAAAAGUCUGGACGGGAGUCUCCUCGGUGAGGCAGAAAAUGAUGACGACUACAAAGAGACCACUAGGGACUUGCUGAGCUUCAUAGACUCGGCCUCCAGCAAUAUCAAGCUGGCUCUGGACAAGCCAGUGAAAUCCAAGAGGAAAGUCAACCACCGGAAGUAUCUACAGAAGCAGAUCAAGAGGUGCACUGGCAUCAUAACACCAGGGAACGUAGCAGAGGCCCCAGUUAAAAGACAGGGUUCCCCCCUGGCUCAGCCCAGCCCUCUGCAGAGCAAAACUCUACCUAAACGAGAUGGGUUCCAGGCCAACUUACAGAGCAAGAGCUUGGCAGCCCUCUUCAGCCCUGUGAAGGAUAUAAGGGGUGAAAAAGCCAAGAAACCACCCCUGAGGCAUCGCAAUCUGCCCCCCUCUUUUUUCACUGAGCCUGCCAACUGCUCCAAAGUCAGCUCCACAUCUGGGAUGACGCUGAAGGACUUGGAACGGGGCAAUCCUGAGGCUGCAGAGUUCUUUGAGCUCCUGGGGCCUGAUUACAGCAACAUGGUCAGUGACCAGGACAUUUGUCAAAGCAUGCCCCUCCGGAUGCCGCCAGAGAUGGGAGGCCUGGAUCCUGCUUCCUACGACUCUCCUCAUUUAGUCAGUGGUCUCCUCUACUCGGAGCCCUGGACUAGCUGCUCAGGAGCCUCGAAGAAACUCGGAGGGAGCCUGCGUACGGGCCCGGCCCAGCCUCCUGUCUACUGUCCCUCUGAGGCCGCCGGGCCCGUAGAGGACCACGCACUGUGCACUUUGGCCUUCCCGAACUUCUUCACAGACUGCUCCAUACCUCAGGUCACUUAUGAUUUAAGUGGUGGUUACAACAGAGCUAAUUAUUCAUCUCUAUGAGACAUUAUUGCUAGAAGUGCUGGUACAUUGCAGAUACAAUUGCUGUGACAAGUUUAACACUAGUCUUAAGAGUCUGAGUUUGAUUUUACUGUCUCAUAUUUGUUUAUCUGUCGUGGAAGUAAUAUUGUGACUGAAUUUAAACAUUUAGUUUCAUCCCCUCUUAACAACAUUGUCACUUUCCCCCCUGCGAGAAACAAUUCUUCUUUGAUAAAAGAUAUCCAAAGCUUUUCAAGUAACUGGAUAACGUACCUUUAAACAAAAUCGUUUUAUCUACUACACUCUUCUGUUUCAUGUGAAACUGUUUCAUAUGAUGUUCUUUAUCUCAGGCAAUUUCUACUGACGUUCUGGAUGAAAAGACAUCUGACUUUUGGGUAUUUUUCAGUUUUGUCACCACUGCACAAGUCUUUUUCUCAUUAGGACGUAUCUUAUUAAUUUGCUAAUAAAGACAUUUCAUUCCAUCCUUUUCAUAUUUUACAAAAAGAAAACACACACGUUGCAGAAAUGCUUUUCGCUUUAGUCCACUAAACAUCACUUAUUACUAGAAAAUGAUACUGUAGAACUGUGUGUGACAUUUCAAAAAAACAAAAAACAUGCUGCAACAAUCUCAGCGAGGCACUUUUUCAUUCCUGUUAGCAACAGCUCUGUGGGGAGAUGUUGAGGGGGAGACUCAUUUUGCUGAAAUGAUGAUGAUGCAAAUAUGUGUGAUGCGGUGUUUGUUUUACAACAUUUUACAGCUCAGAAAUGAUUUUCACUUGUAUCCAUUUUGUUGGAAAAAGCCUUUUAUGUGUCUAGCUAUUGUAAGAGGACAAAAUAAAGCUGGUCUUUAUUACCGUGACAACUGUGUUUCUGUGUUAACUGUAAAGGUGGAUGUUUAGGUGUGAUUAUCAAAAAUACAUGAGGAUUUGAAGCAAAACACUGCAUGUAAGACAGUGCAUGUCUCUAAAAUACAGUUUGGGCGUUCAGUGAUUUGAAUGUAAUCGCAAGAAAUGUAAAUAAGUGAAGAAAUAAAGACAGAAACUCCUGAACCUCCUCUCUGUGUCAAAUCAACAAACUGGGCAGUGUUUUGAAUCUCAUUUCUUUCUUUUAAUCACAAUUUAUUCAAAUGCUUUUUAUCAUUUCUUUUUGUAAACUGUGUAGCACUUUUAGAACUUUUAACCUCAUAACUUACAAAGUUGUGUAGCAGCCGUCUGUAUGAAUAAAAGAUGACUUAUUUAUUUACUGUCAGUGUUGUCACACUUUAAAAUUGACUUUGUAGGAAGAUUUUGUGUCAAAAUAUUAGUUGGGUAAAAGUUAAACUCACAGACAGGAGUAGGA